AACCAGAUUUGGGAUAUGAAAUCUGGUCGGAUCUUGCUUUGUGGGAUGUGGAUAUUGGUGGGUCUCUUUUCAUUACAAAGCUCCUCUCUCUUGCAUAACACCAUUUUCAUCAUCUUGUAUUAGCACUCAAAUGGGGACGGCUGCAGAUUCUCAGUUUCAUGUUUUAGCUGUUGAUGACAGCCUCAUAGAUCGGAAACUGAUUGAAAGGCUUCUCAAGACCUCCUCAUAUCAAGUUACAACAGUUGAUUCUGGUAGUAAGGCUCUAGAGUUUCUGGGUUUCUAUGAGGAUGACCUGACCAAUCCUGAUUCACCUUCAGUUUCCCCAAGCAAUCAACAGGAAGUGGAAGUGAAUCUAAUUAUUACCGACUACUGUAUGCCUGGCAUGACAGGAUAUGAUUUGCUCAGAAAAAUCAAGGAGUCUUCUUCACUCAAGAACAUACCGGUAGUGAUAAUGUCAUCUGAGAAUGUGCCUUCAAGAAUAAAUAGGUGUUUGGAAGAAGGGGCAGAAGAAUUUUUCUUAAAGCCAGUAAGAUUGUCAGACUUGAAUAGGCUUAGGCCUCGUAUAAUAAAAACCAAGUCCAAGGAUCACAACCAAGAAAAGCCAACAAAUUUUGAAGAACAAGCAAGUCAAAAAUUGGAGAUCUCAAAGGAUCAGCAGGAACAAGAAGAAGAAGAGCUAUUACACCAUCAGCUACAGUUACAACAACCACCGCCACCAAGUACUAACAAGCGGAAGACCAUGGAAGAGGGGCUCUCACCUGAUAGAACGAGACCCAGAUACACCAGUGGCAUCACCACUGUGGUUUGAUAUAUUCAUCAUGAAAUAGUUUUUCAUUAUGAUUGAAACAAUGUGAUUCUGUUACCUUUUUUUUCUUUUUCUUUUUCUUUUUCCC